GUUAACAGAACGAUUGAAAAUCGACAGAAACCGGUGUAGAGCGAACGAUAAUUAGGGGAGAAUAAACGACAGUGGAGACUCGAAUCGAGAGACAAUCAAAGAACAACAGCAGACAUGGGCUGUAAGUUGCAGAAGCCUCGAGGGUCAGAUGAAGCUCCGGGGAAGAUUUUCUCCACCCUCAGAAGAGCACAAGUGGAGACACACUCAGGAGUGGCUUAUACAUAUCACUUCCUGGACUUCCUGUUAGGAAAAGAAGAGGUGGCAGUGUCCUCACUGCUGUGUCUGUCAUCUGUCAGAGAGCUUCCUCUCCAGGUGUGUGAGUUGUAUCAGAAGGGAUUCGUACUGGCUGCUGUCCAUCCCUUUGUUCACUCCUGCGGCCCUGCUAGUGCUAACCUUCAGAAGCAGUUACACCGAGCCGUGCUCAUCCGAGAAACCAACAGUGGUUCUGAAAGUGGCCUGCUAAACUGGGUUGAUCCUCAUCUCACGACAGACGUGUGUCACCUUGGCCACCAGGACCCUGACCCAGAAGUUAUACAGGGCUAUGUGAAAAAGAUGCAGGAUUUGGCUGAUCAGGGUGAUCUGUUCGUCGGUUUUUUGCCCCAACCCGGUGGAGGUCCAUAUUUCCUUGGUCACUGGGAACCAGAAGAUCUUUCCUCCUUGCACUCCAGUCCCUGUUCUGUGCAUCAGGGGCCCCCGACCCUCAGCCCUGCAAGCGAGCAGAGCCAACAGGAUAGAGACAAUGGUGAUCAUCGAAACCAGAAUCAUACAAACUUUAAUUCAGACAAUGAAGACAUUGUGAGCCACAGCUUUCAAAUACAAAGCCCUGAGAGCAGCCAGUGUUGGAAUAAUCACAAUCCGUUCACUGAGAACCAUCAGUGUCCAGAUUAUCAGCACUUAAACUUUGAAGGUGACUGUACGCAGGCUGAGCAUUUAAAGAAGCAAGUGCCAUCACAUGAGUUUAUAUUACGAUCUUGUGCACCAGAGCCACAUCAGACUCAGAGUAUGAUAAUGCAGCCAAACUUGCCCUGCUGUGAUUUGGCAGAAAACAACAAAAGAGAACAGGUCAAAAGCCAAGACAAACACAGCAAGCGCACAGGAACCACACCGAUGCUGAAUCGUGUGCAGGUGUUCGCGCUGUACAAUCAUUCAAUAGUUCUGGCGGGAUCGCCAAAGUUCUUUUCUUUGAGGGUUCCACUGCAGGUGCGCAGGGAGGCGGGGCUUGUUAGCUCGGUUGACUCCCAUUGGCUGGACCACAUGACGCAGCACUUCAGAAGUGGCGCGCAACUCAUCGACGGCUACUUUCACCUGGGAGACAAUGGAGCAUCUCCUUCCACUGUGGACAGUGUUUUUAUCUUCCAAAGUGCUUCAGGUGAUGCCAGGCCAACCACAGAGUAUGACGCCAUUGUAGUUGAGCAAUGGACUGUUAUUGAUGGUGUUGCGGUGAAAACAGACUACAUCCCUCUGCUUCAGUCUCUGGCUCCAUAUGGCUGGAGACUAAUGUGUGUCCUGCCCACUCCCAUCGUCAAAAUGAAAAGUGAUGGAAGCUUGGCCACAAAACAGAUCCUCUUCCUCCAGAGACCCACACUGCCUCGCAAGAGGAGAGACUUGACGAAACUGCACCUCAGAGGUCAAAACAAAAGGAACUUAAAUAAUAAAAGGACACCAGAGAGGGAGAUAUCACCGCUGGCAACAAUUGAGAGAGAAAUUGAACGAAUGGAGAGAGAAAAUACAAGUCUGAUGAGACAACGCGAGAUUAUCCAGAAGGAAAAUGGGCAAAAUUUGCCAGAAAGCCCAGAGAGGAGAGAUCGAGCGGAAAGGACGGUUGAAUUCCACAGCCAGAGGAUAGACAUCUCAAACAUCAGCCCUGCAAAACAGGAAGGAAUUACAAACUGCAAUCAGGAAUUAAAGCACACAAUUACAUGUGGUAAACAUGAGGACGUGCGUGUGGUCAUAACAGAGAGAGCUUUAUUCUCUGGAGUGUGCUGACAGUAUUCAUUUAUGGAUACUUAACCAUAACAGUACGUUCCUGUUUAUUCAGGCAGAACACACUCUCGUCAGGCCCGUGUCUGUGUGUAUACAUCUGCUGACAGUGUAACAGUACUGUAAGAUUGCAAAGAGUUGGUAGAAUAUUGCCGCUCCUCAUUAUUUUUCCUUUUUUAAGGUGAAUUCCUUUAACAAAUUGCAAGAGACUCUUACAAAUAUGUGAAAACAUAUGUUUGAUGGGCUCUCAAUAUGCUUAACGCUGACCAAUGUGUUGAGACUUCACCUCUGUGAAUCUGUGAUGUUAACUCGCAUUACAUACAGUAUUAGUGUAUGCAAUAUAUCGUGCACUAGCUUAAAUGCAUAAAAUCCACAAUGUGUUCAUUUAUUUCAUCAGUAAGUAUUACAUCAGUUAUUUCAUUUAUUUAUAUUAGUGAGGAUGGUAGUAACUAAUGUCUAAAUGUAUAAAGUAACAGUAAAUGAACAUCUGUGAAACAGUUAAUGGUGUAAAUAAAAGCUCUCAAUAAUUGACUUCUCACGCAAAUUAAAAGCACAUUAUUUACAGAAACAGCUCACCGUUUUCAUCUGUUUUCAGUGUGGGUUUUUUUGUGACUUUACAAAUAUAUCGAAACAUUUCAGCAGUAUUAGUGGUAAAGAUCUUAUUCAUCAAUCCAACUUUUUAAAAACAUCCUUCCUGUGAAACUGGAGAUAGUUAUAGUUUAUGAGUUUAGAUUAUAAAAUGUAGUCUGUAGUCCUGCCUUUCAGUUAAAAAAAGGGGUCAAUCACUUGGCUGGACAAGGCUAAAAUAAGUUUCUGCAUGAUUUGAAAUUAGAAUACACAAUAUAUGACACUAUGAUACUCCACCUUAAAAUAACAAUUCAUUUUUCUUUUACCCUAAUGCCAUCCUACAUGUAUGACUUUCCUUAUUUUGUGGAACACAACAGAUUUUUUUAAACAAUCUCUGUGGGUCCAUAAAAUGAAAGUGGAUGAAACCAUCAGCCAGAAACUAUUGUUUAGUUAAAAAAGUUAGAAUACAUUUCUCACACACACCAUCGUUUUGCUUCAGAAGACAUCGAUUCAUCCGCUGGGGUCACAUGAGCGCUGUCAUGGUCACUUGGUGUGGUUUUUGAAGCAUCAACUUUCCUGAGGGUUCCAUCCACUUGUAUUAUAUGGAUCAAUAAAUUAUUUUACAAAAAAUCUCAAUUUGAAUUUAUCAGAAGAUUUAUACAAUUGGGAUGGAAUAAUUUAAAAUUUAAAGGGACCAUAUUUAGCAUCUUUAAACAAAUUAAGACUAUAUUCAUGAGCAGAAAUGUUCUAUAUUUUUUUUGCAUAACUCUGAUCAUUUCCAUGCCCCCAAAAGUUUUACUAAAUAAAUAUGUGUUCUAAAAUGCAAACAACAUAUUACAACAUUAUACACAGAUAUCUGAAACACCCAAUGCAAUCUGAGUGUGCAAUCUUUCAUGAUGUCCUUGAAGCAGGACGCUAUGCCAUUAACCAGCAAAUGAACUAUAAUGUAGAGCGUUACAGAGCUGGUUAUGGUCAAUUUGUUGAGUUUAUCUUUAAAA